UUGGAAAGAUGAGAGCUUUGAUGGAAAACCAAUUCAGAUUGCUAGUAGAAGGUCUGAUUCGAGGCAAAAUUUGGAUGAAAAGUGUAAAGAUUUGAGUGUUUCUGCUGACGGGGUUGGUAGAAAAAUCCCAAUUCAGAACAAGAAAAAGUCUGAGCUGAGAAAGCUGAAAUCUGAGUCUGUUAAUGGGAAUGUGAAAAAAUCCAAUCUUGAUGUAAGAAUGUUGAAAAAAUCCAAUCUUGAUGAGGAGUCAAGUGUGAAUCUUGAAGGAUCGAUUGGUAUUAAGAAGACAAAAUCUGAGGAGUUUGGUUCGUGUGAAGAGAAAUUCAUCACAAGCAAUGUGGUAUCUGAGGCUAAAUGUGCAAAUAAGUUGGAAAAGAAUCUUGAAAAUGGAGAUGAUACCAAAGGUGAUGAAGAAUGGGAUGAUGUAUUGGAGGGAGAAAUUGAUGAGGGAAUCGAAAUUGUUAAAGAAAUUAGAGUACAAGAACAAAAUAAGCCUAAAAAGAUUGUGAUUGAAGAUAAGAAGUUUCAGUACAAUAACAAAAGGCAAAUACCAAUGUCUUCAAUUAACAAGAAACAGUCCCCUCCUGCAUUAGUCCAUGCUAAAAUUCAUCCUAGUCCAACAAGAACCAAAUCAGUUCCUGAUUCGGAUGAAUUCCAGUGUAGACAACAUAGCAAAUUACAAAGCAUGGUUGAUUUAGUGAUGUGGAGAAAUGUAUCAAAAUCAGCAUUAGUCUUUGGAAUUGGAAUCUUUGUUAUCGUUUCAUCUUCAUAUACUCAAGAUUUCAAUAUCAGCUUCAUUUCUGUGCUCUCGUACUUGGGUCUGGUCAAUCUUGCUGCAAUUUUUCUCUUUAGAUCCCUCAUUCACAGGAGAGCCGUUGAUAUUGGCGAAUCAAGUGAGUACGUCGUAGGGGAAGAAGAAGCAGUGUGGAUACUGAAAUUGAUACUUCCUUUUAUAAAUGAGUUUCUUUUGAAGAUCAGAGCGCUUUUUUUCGGGGAUCCUUCAACUACAAUGAAGAUGGCAGUUCUGCUGUUUCUUUUGGCUAAGUUUGGCAGCUAUAUUACUAUCUGGAAACUCUCUAAGUUGGGCUUUUUUGGAGUUUUCAUCAUACCUAAAGUUUGCUCUUCGUAUUCCACGCAGUUAACAUCUCACGGUACAUUUUUUAUACAAUACAUUAGAGGUACUUGGGAAUCAUGUACUCACAAGAAAGCAGUUGGAUUUGCAAUCUUCACAUUAGUGUGGAAUUUUUCUUCAAUCAUUGCCAGAAUAUGGGCAGUCUUCAUGUUAUAUGUGGGCUUUAGGUACUAUCAACAAUCUUUGAUGAGAGAACAAAGACAAGUUGGGAAAAAGUCCAGUUCAAUGGACACAAAAAAGCAAAAGAAAACAUUUUAAGUUAAUCAAUAAAGGGCAGUCUAGUGUCCAAAGCAUCUCGCGUUCACGGUUCACGGUCUACACUAACGCUUCGCGGUUUGAACCUGUGAACUAUAGGUCACAUAGAGACAAAUUUAUCGUUGCUCCAAGUUUUCCUGUCAUUUAUAGUUAAUCAUUAAAGGGCAAUCCAGUGCCCAAAACGUCUCGCGUUCGUGCUAGGUCCGGAGAAGGGCACCCCUGAGGGGUGUGAUAUUGAUAGUCUACCCUAAUGUUUCACGGUUUGAACCUGGGAACUAUAGGUCAUAUAGAGAUAAAUUUACAGUUGCUCCAAGGCUUCCUGUCAUUUAAAGUUAAUCAAUAGUUAAUAUUAAUAUGUAAAAUGAUAAUAAUAAUUUUUUUUAUUACUAAGUCAUAGUAUCUUUUGAUUAUUUUUUUUAUUCUUACUGUACAUAUAGUUGUUUGACAUUGUAACUUAUUGGAGCUUAGCCUCCAUUGGCUAAUAAAUUUUUUGUCAAUUAAA